AUGUCUCAAGAAUUACCUGGUUUAAUAGCCGAGCAAGAAAAUAUUUGUGGACUAAUUCUGAAAGCGCAAGCGAACUUCAAGAAAACACCAAAAGCGAGAUUAACAAGAGGGUACAUCAAGACGCGAAAAGAAUCCAUAGAACAAUAUUUUAGUCAGUUCGUAGAAAACAAUCGAGCCUUGAUAAAAAUAUCAACAUCGUCAGACAAAGCGAAGUACGAAUAUUUCAAAGACGAUGUAUAUUCAGCAUGCGAGGAAAUGUUCCUAGAUUUGAAAGCAGAGAUGACAGAUAUGCUUGAAGGUUCGACGACGGGUUGUACGAGCAGCAUUAAUCCAACACCAAGCACAAGCAGGGACGACGUGAAGCUACCGAAAAUAGGUAUAGCGAAGUUUACCGGUAACUAUCAAGAUUGGACUUCGUUUUACGACAUGUUUACGUCACUCAUACACAACAAACAGAACUUGAGCAGCGUCCAAAAGAUGCAUUAUUUAAAAAGCUACUUGUCUGGAGAACCUGCUCAACUGUUGGAUCACCUAGCCGUCACUGAAACAAACUACGAAUUGGCAUGGCUCACGCUGCAGAACAGGUAA